AUGCCAUAUUCAACUAAUUCAAUAUCAACAACAACAACAAUUUCAUCGUACGGCUCAUCCCAACAAUCUUCGCGUAAUUUAGGAAAUUUUACACCUUUAUGGAGGAACUAUUUAAGUGAUGAAAAUAAAGAAGAGUCACAAGAAAUAAAAACGUUGAAUUUAGGUGAUUUCGGUAGUCUAUGGAGUUACUUAAGCAUUGAAAAAGAAAAAUGGAGUAGUCCCUCUCUUCCUUCUAAAAAAAAAUUUGCUCAGGACUAUUCAAAAAUUGAAGUUGAUGUUAAAACUAAUCAACUAUUAACCAACCAUGAUGCACUCCAGCAACCAUUACCACUACUUAACAACUCUUCUUCGUCUGAAUAUUCUACUGAAGAAGAAAUUACUAAAAAUAAAAAUAAUGAAUUUGGAGAACAUAAAAUAAUAUUGCUACCACAAAUUAAUCAUCGUCCACAACAACAACAAUCUAUAAAGUCUUCAAAUAACGAGAAGGCAAAAAUUAAUAUCAAUCAAAAUAUUCUAGAUGAAUUAUUAUUAUUGGAAAAAGAAAAGGUCAAAACAUAUCCAUUAAAAAUUCCAAUACCUACUCAAAUAUCGAAUGAACAAAUUCAUGUUUUUAUUGAUAAUUCUAAUAUUCUUGUUGGAUUCCUUGCAACUUGUAAGUUACAAAAACACGCACAUAAACUUAACCUUAAUAAUUAUGAAAAAAGAAAAUCAAUGUUAUCAUAUACAGCUCUUUUUACUAUUCUUGAACGUGGAAGAAAUGUUGCUCGUAAAGUUUUAGUAGCAUCUUCGCCAUUAUAUCAAAAUCUUGAUGAGGCAAGAGAUGCAGGAUACGAUGUUUCGGUACUUCAACGUGUCAAGAAAAAUGAAUCAGAUGAUUUUAUCAUCACUACUACAAGCAAUACUAUUACCAAUACUAAUAAUAUUCAAGAAUUUCUUCAUGAAGCAGAAAAGGAACAAUGUGUUGAUGAACUUCUUCAACUUAAAAUAUUCGAUUCAUUGCUUGAUUAUCAUACACCCGCAACUUUAGUACUUGCAAGUGGAGAUGGUAAAGAUGGUGAAUAUUUUCAAGGUGGAUUCCACAAAUGUGUCAUUAAAGCAUUGGAAAGAGGUUGGAAAGUUGAGAUCAUAAGUUGGAAACGUCAACUUAGUCAAAAUUUUUUGAACAAGAGAUUCUUAAAUAGAUGGAAAGGACGAUAUCAUGUUGUUUUUUUGGAUUGGUUUUCCAAGGAAUUGGGAUGCGAAUAUUAA